CCCUGGUGAUCUCGACCAUUCUGCAUAAUUAAAUUUCUAUGAGGUUAGAUUUCAUUAAUUACACUUCGGUGUUCCUAAUUCCUUUCUCAAUGGAACAAAUCCAAGGAUUUCAUCAGUGUGGGGAUGAUAUUACUUGGCGCCUUUUUUGCCGGGGCUCGUGAUUUGUCUUUCGAUGCCUAUGGAUAUUCUGUUGUCUUUGUAGCAAACAUUUGCACAGCAAUAUACCUUGCUUCAAUUGCCCGUAUUGGCAAAUCCAGUGGUCUGAAUACCUUUGGCCUUAUGUGGUCCAAUGGAAUAAUAUGCUUACCAAUCUUGCUUUUGUGGACAUUCAUCAGUGGUGACCUAAGACUGAUGAUAAGCUUUCCUCAUUUGUUCUCCCUUGGAUUUCAG